UGCACUCAUACACUUCAUCGCCCUUCCUCAUCACGUGGGGUGGUCAGUCACCUAGUCCCCAGUCCACCACGCCACACACACUCACCACCGGCACAGAGGAGAUGGCGACAGGAGGUGGGGAGGCCAAAGGGGAGACGGUGCUGGUCACCGGCGCCAGCGGCUUCAUCGGCUCCGUGACCGUGCGCCUCCUCCUCGCCCGCGGCUACUCCGUCCACGCCGCCGUCCUCAACCCCGAUGACAAGGCCGAGACGGAGCACCUCCUGGCGCUCGCCGGGGGCGACGAGGCCCGCGUCCGCUUCUUCCCGUGCGACCUCCUCGACGGCGCCGCCAUGCUCGCCGCCGCGCGCGGCUGCUCCGGCGUCUUCCACCUCGCCUCGCCCUGCACCGUCGACCGCGUCCUCGACCCCCAGAAGGAGCUGGUGGUGCCGGCCGUGGAGGGGACGCUCAACGUGCUGCGCGCCGCCAAGGACGCCGGGGGAGUGCGCCGGGUGGUGGUGACCUCGUCCGUCUCCGCCGUCGUGCCCAGCCCCGGCUGGCCCGCCGGCGAGGUCCUCGACGAGCGCUGCUGGACCGACAUCGACUACUGCGACAAGAACGGGGUCUGGUACCCUGCUUCAAAGACACUGGCUGAGAAAGCAGCAUGGAAGUUUGCAGAGGAGAAUGGACUGGAUGUGGUUGUGGUCAAUCCAGGGACUGUUUUGGGCCCGAUGAUUCCGCCAAGGAUCAAUGCUAGCAUGGCCAUGUUUCUUCGCUUGCUUGAAGGCUGCACCGAGGAGUACAAGGAUUUCUUCAUCGGGCCAGUCCACGUGGAAGACGUCGCGUUAGCCCAUAUCACGCUGUUCGAGAACCCAUCAGCGUCCGGGAGGCACCUCUGCGUGGAACCCAUUUGUCACUGGAGCGAUUUCGCGUCGAAAGUUGCCGAGCUCUACCCCAAUUACAAGGUCCCCAAGUUCCCCAAGGACACGCAGCCUGGGCUGGUGAGAGCGGAGGGUGUGCCGAAGAAGCUGAUGGCGCUGGGCCUGCAGUUCACUCCGUUGGAGAAAAUCAUCAGGGACGCCGUGGAGAGCCUUCGGAGCAGAGGAUGCAUCGCCUGAUGGCUGGAUUAUUAGGUGUACUGUAUUCCUUCCCUUCUGUUGUAGGGUCAUGAUCAACCCUUGCUCCAGAGAUGUGUUGUGCCCAGCCCAGUGCUAGACCUUAUAGUUGCCUGUAUGAUUGUGCAAUAACGGCUGGUCGAUCUGCUGGUACACUGUAAUGGUUCUCUUGCUAGAUUAUUCCGACAA